AUAAUCGUUUCGUGUGGGUCUGUGCUUGUGUGGUUUAGGUUUCUUACCGGUGCCAAUAAUUAUUUUUAAUUAGUAAUAAGUUAUGCGUAUGAAUCCAGACAUGGAUGAUGACGAGAAGGGAAAACUGUUUGUUGGUGGUCUAUCAUGGGAGACCUCACAGGAGAAUCUGCAACGCUACUUCUCUCGCUAUGGGGAUGUUAUCGACUGCGUUGUGAUGAAGAAUAGUGAAUCAGGUCGCUCCAGAGGCUUUGGUUUUGUAACCUUUGCUGAUGCCAGUCUGGUGAGCGUGGUUCUGCAGAAUGGACCUCAUCAGUUGGACGGCAGAACCAUAGAUCCGAAACCCUGCAAUCCUCGUACCCUCCAGAAGCCGAAACGUGGGGGCGGUUACCCGAAGGUGUUCUUAGGCGGUCUGCCCUCCAACAUUACCGAGACCGAUCUUCGGGUGUUCUUUGGUCGUUACGGCAAGGUCAUGGAGGUCGUUAUCAUGUACGACCAAGAGAAGAAGAAAUCCAGGGGCUUCGGUUUCCUCUCCUUUGAAGACGAGAUGUCCGUCGAGCGUGUGACUUCUGAACACUUCAUCAACCUUAAUGGGAAACAGGUGGAAAUUAAACGCGCUGAGCCACGUGACGGAUCUGGUAAGCUCGGUUCUGGGUCCGGCGGCAUGGGAGGUGGAGCUAUGAGCGCCCCGGGUGAUGCGCCCCAGGCUGGUCAAUGGGGCCCCCCUGCGGCCGCGCCCAUAAACAUGAUUCAAGGCCAUAACGGUCAGAUGGGCGGACCGCCGAUCAACAUGCCCAUGGCUGGACCAAACAUCAUGCAAGGGUAUCAGGGCUGGGGCACGUCCCCCGGUCAGACGUCGUACGCGGGUUACGGCGCAGCGGGCGCGGGUGCGGGCCCCGGUAACUACCAGGGCUGGGGUGCCCCGCCCGCGCCCCAGGCGCCUCCUCACGCUCCCGCCUGGCCCGCCACCAACAACUAUACUCAGCAUACGCAGCCACCCGCCCAGGGAUACGGCAGCUACGCGAACUACAGUUCGGCGCCGGCGGGCGCGUCCGCGGGGGGAAGCUGGACUAACUGGAACAUGCCGCAGAACUCCAACUCGACGGGCUCAGGUUCGUACGUCCCACUGUCGGAGGGCGGAGAGAUGUACGGUCGCGGGGGUGCGGGAGGGGGUGCUGCUCAGCCCCCUCUGUCCGCCGCGGGCGUGCUCUCCUCCGCUGCACUGUCCAAGUCAUCCUCCGCAGAUUACUCCACCUACCAGCAGUACCCGCCCGCGUACCAGCAGGACCAGUUGGUCGAUCAGGGCCCACAAGAGUGGCUCCUCCAGAAAGACAAUUAGAGAUAAGGGUGGGUUACGGAUGAGGGCAUGUCGCGAAACACUGGCAAUUUCUCACUAUGGACGGUUCGAUUUACGCGACGAUAACGCGUGCGCGCUCAUCAAAAAGCCAUCGCAUCGCACUAGAUAUAAGCUUUACUUAGUUCCAUUUGAUAUCCAUAUCGCAAACUGUAGACGUGCGAGAUGACUCAAUGGUUUGUUUCAUCUCAACACCUGUAAAUUGGCAUUUAAAGUACAAAUUAGUAAAAUUUGGAUUUUUUCAUAUUGUUACAGGUUCAUUAAUAGAUAUAUAUUCAGUAAAAUUAAUAUUAAGAGCUGUACUUUAAGUGUUCAGAGUUAAUUCGAUCAUUAUGUCGAUUGUAACCGCAGUUAUCAUAUUUAUAUGAAUUGUGUUAAAAUCAUGGGGCAUCAACCAAUGCGGCCUCUCGACAGCGCUAGUAUUAUAAUCCUCGCUUAAGUAACAUGAUAUAAUUUAAUAAGUUUUUUAUCGGUAACAAUAAAAAUCAGAUGCAUCGUU